CUUCGCCAGAAGCGCCGGUGCCACUGAGUCCUCGCUUUCUGGCUGACCAUCGGUCAUUCCGAGGCCGAAGAUAUGGAGAUCUUAAUCGGAGUGUUUCUCAUUUCCGCCUGUCUUAGCAGAGGUAACAGUUUAGUCCUACUUCAGAAAACGGCAUCGCUGCAGCUUCCUUACGAUUACCCUGUUGCUGUGACAUUCUACCGCCUUCAAGCCGUAGACGAGAAAUUAGGCAUCCCUCCUCCAGACACUUUGGAUUAUCACAUUGUGAGGAGUGUCGCUUUUCCCAGCGAAUCCAAGUUUGGUCGUGGUCUCUUUGUCAUCGAUGAGCACACAGGAUCCCUCAUGCUGUCACCACACCGGCGACAUUCAAUAGCAGAAUUCAGAGGCUCCACUUUUGCUCUGGACAUUAUUGCUGUUCCAGCAAAAAAGGCUUCAGUGGAAACAGCGCAUGCCACUGUUGUUAUCACAAUCACCGAGGACAACUUCACACUACCUGAUUGCAGCCCCAGAGAGGACCUCUGUUUUUCAGCCCCAGAAAUGCACUAUCAGAUUCCGGAGACGAUACGGAAAGGUUCAGAUUUGGUGAAUUUAAGACCCAUCCCUUAUGCCAAACUGUGCCCUGAAUCUAAUGUAAAAUACACCUUAUCUUUUGACGAUAGCUUUCCGGUAGCGAUAGAGAAUGAAAUACUGAAGGUUAAAAAAUUAUUUGACUUCGAGGAAUCCGCGUAUCAUGAAUGGAAUAUAACGUGUGAAGUGCAAAGUAAAAAUGAAAAUGGCACCUUCUACUCCAGAAUCAGAGUUUAUGUCCUGGAUGUCGAUGACAAUUCCCCUUACAUCCAGAACAGCACUGAUACUUAUCAAGAAGUAGAUGCUUCGCAAAUCUCACCCGGAAAAGAACUGCCCAUACAACUGACGAUACUCGAUCCGGAUUCCCCAUCAGUGAACAAAAUAACUGUGGAUAAAACGGAUCCCUUGAACCUGUUCCAGCUAAGAGAUCCUGUCAUAUUCCACGGCGUGAACGGAGCUCACAUGCUUAUGAACACAGCUCUUGUUCCCAAGUCUAACUUUCAAUUCCCGGAAUCGACGUAUAAUGUGACCGUCAUUUUCAAUGACUCCAGCCUUGUUGGAGCACAUGAGAAUAGUCAAGUUAUAUUCCAUGUACUAAUAUGCAACAGCAGUUCGGGAGUUAAGAGACCCGCUACGCCACCUAACCAGUUCGAGGCUCAAGCAAAAAUAUUUCGACAUUCUGCUCACCUCACAAGAGUCGUCCAGCCUAUGGAGGUAUUGCCCCACGAAGGUUACUUCUUUCGCAUCGUGAGAGAUUCGAACAAAGCACUCCUGGGUAACCGCAUCUUCGGAGUGACCCCCAAGACGGGCAUCGUAUACAUCAUGGAUGAGGUGGCACUCACAAGAUCCACGACCAAGCUCUUCAGUUUGGAGCUCACCUGGAGGAACAAGAAUGCGACAGAUAGACGCUGCGUCAUCACCAUUAGGGUGCUAGACUCUGUUGAACCGAGCAAUGAAUGUGGUAUCGAACCUGGUCACAAGUUCCCUUCUUGUGCCAUCCAUGGAACAGCCGAAUCUUGCUCCACAAGCUGUGGGCGUGGAGCGAACGGGGGAUUCUGCCACUGGCGUUCUCAGUCUUCACCCACACUCGUUGAAGAAUACGCCACUUGUUCGCCGCAUCUUCAGACAUGCCCGGAUGGAACAUGCGAUGAAUUGGAAGAAAUGGAUCCUUUGUUGUGUCCACAGGACUGCGCAGGCAAUGUCCGAGGAGCAGCAGUACCUGGUGCCAGCGGAAGGGGUGUUGGAAAAUCUGCUGCCCCCUGCACUUGUGCCGGACCUAACACCUGCAUCUGCACUCAGUUUUUUCCGCCUUCAAAACUCAUGUCGAGAAGUCAGACGAAAGUAUAUAAAGAGACGCCUAACAUUAAGUACCAACCUUUAGACGUAUCCGAAAGUUGGGGUGGAUGUGGCACCCAAUGUGUAACAAUGAUUGUAGUCGUAUCCUUGAUAGUGAGUGGCCUGAUAGUGGUUGCUGGAAUACUCACCUACCGACGCUGGAUGUUGCAUCCCAAGGACGAUGAGCUGCCCAGCGUCAGGACUCCUUUGAAUUCAUCUACGUACCUGGUGGCAAGAGGAACAGUGGAUUAUCCGCUUCAACAAAAUGUGCUUCAACAAGCGAAACUGGAAUUCCCUCGAGAUCAACUGACGUUGGAAGAGACUCUGGGAGAAGGUGAAUUCGGAAAGGUGGUGAAAGGAAAGGCUAGGAAUAUUGCUGGCAUGCCUGGGACAACUAUCGUGGCAGUAAAGAUGUUGAAAGACGGCAGUUCGCCAUCUGAGAGAAGAGACCUGGUAUCAGAGCUGAAUCUUCUGAAAGAGAUUUCUCAUCCGAAUGUCAUUCGACUCUUGGGAGCCUCUACUGACGAUGAUGGUCAGUUGUAUAUCAUAAUGGAGUAUGCUGAACAUGGUUCUUUGAUAACAUACUUGAGGAAAAUGAAAAGCAGUUGCACAGAAAUGAAUUUGCCUGAGCUGAUUGCAUUUGCUUUACAAAUAGCCAAAGGAAUGGAAUAUUUAGCAAGCAUGAAGGUCGUACAUCGAGACUUAGCUGCUAGAAAUGUUUUGGUGGCGUCUGGAAAAGUUCUCAAAAUUUCUGAUUUUGGUCUCAGUCGAGAUGUCUACGAAGGGGACACUUAUCUCAAAAUGUCUAGGAGCAAAGUACCUGUGAAAUGGAUGGCCCUUGAAUCACUUGAAAAUCAAUUGUAUACGACAAAGAGUGAUGUAUGGUCUUUCGGCAUCUUGUUAUGGGAAAUCAUUACGAUAGGGGGUUGCCCGUAUCCUGGAAUUCCUACAGAAAGACUUUUCCAACUUUUGAAGGAAGGAUACCGGAUGCCAAGACCGGACAAUUGUCCAUUACAGUUGUACGAACUAAUGAAAAUCUGCUGGUUGGAAAAACCUAAUGAGAGGCCACACUUCAAAGAGUUGGUUCAGAAGAUUGAAUUUAUUCUGGAAGAAAUAUCGCAUCAACAAGCAUCACGUGACGAAAACAUUCAGCAGCGCGGUAAAAGGCUCAGAAGUAGAGAUGAUGGGUCGAUGCUUCAACAGUUAGCAUCUUUCCCGAGAUUAGCUGUGCAACAAAAUGGACCUUACGAGAAUCAAUGUCUGCUUUCCUCAAAUGAAUUCAGCGUCUAAAUUUAUUUAUUUCUCGAUGUAUUUUAUGUGCUUUCCGUCUUUUCUCUCCGAAUCUGCUUUUGCGAAUAAGAGGAAAGGAGUCAGAAAAGGCUGCUUUUUGCAAAUUUUUCUGUUUUUGAUGAUAAAAGGUUUGAUGUGAUAAGACUUGAGAACACGGUACUCAUCAUCGCCAAGCUGGUAAUUCUUUCGGCAACUGCUAUAAUACCCACAAUCAUUGCGAUUUAAUCUUCAUACAUCUAACAUCAAAUUUGGCAAAUAAUCGCUUUAAAAACUUCAAGUUUGGCGAUGGAACGUAUUCUCUAGUGUAACCUCCAAUAUUUAUAAUAUUUCAUAUUGCAAAAUGUGUGUAAUGUAAUGUAUAUUUUCAUAUUUCUCGUACUAUACAUUAAGCUUCAUAGCAUAAGUUUCAUCGAUUUUCAUGACAGAAAAUGCUGAUUCUAUUUCUACGCUUUUGCUAAAAUACAAAUGCAUUUAUUAGAUAGUUAUUAAGUAAAAUUCAUUAUGGAGGUUCCAGGAAGGAAUCUAAUUUAGCGAUUUUCUGAAACUCUCAAAGCGCAAUUAAAAUAACUAAAUGAAUUUCCAUUUCGCCUAUACUUAAAAAAAAAUCUUAAUUAUUUUGUUUUUGGUGUCCUUUUGCUUCGCAUGUUUUCCGAAUUUUUGUUCUAAAAAUGUAUUUUUAUUAAUUCAUAAACCUUACGCUGUUCAUGCUUCAAAUGUUAAUGAAAAGACGCAGAUGUUUUUUCAGAAACUUACUUCGUUACUGAUUAUUGGGCCUCAAUUACAAUGGAACAUCUGUAUUUUCAAUUAACUAUAAUCUUUGUUAAACAACUUUUAUCAACCAAGCCACUAGCAAAAAAUCAGAACGUCGAAUUUUUCAAAAAAGGAUACCAAAAUUGGCGUUGAAACCGGUUUUCACAAUGGGUGGACUUGAAAAACACAAACCGAUUUAGCCUAGCUGGAUGAGAGCAGGACCAGUCAGUGCUUUUUUUUUUUUCUCUCUCUCUCUCUUAUUUCCCAUACCAUUCUAGAUUAUUUAAAGGGUGUAUGCUUGACACGAAUAGGUGGGAAGAACAGUAUCUGUGUAUACACAAUGCUCGCAUCAUAGGUAGAAGAAAAUUAAAUAACAAAUUAUAAAGGAGUAAAAAUAUAGAAAAUGAAAAAGAAAAAAGAAACAACAUUUAAAUAAUACUAAUAAUGAAGGAAUAAUAAAUCAGCCUAAAUGUAAGCAAAUAAAAUUUAUAAACAGAUGUAAUAGAUAAAAUAAUUAAUAAAAUUUAUAAACAAAUGUAAUAAAUAUAAUUUAAACUUCAUCCGGAGCAGGCGAGAAACAAAAAGUAUCAAAUAUCUGAAACAAAGAGCCUGUUAUAUUAUUUAGAGAAGUCGGAAAUGAUGCAUAAAAUGCAUUCUAGAAAAGGAAAGAAAACUAUGUUUAAAAUAGAAUUUACUUCGCAAUCGAUUUUCAGAGCGAACGCCAUCAUUUAUGAUGUGAUGUUUUAUAACAGGAAGUUAUUUAGAGAAAGGGGAAAAAGUUCCCAUCUUAAGCACUUCAAUAGUGAUGAUCUGGGCAAAUAUAUUUUCAUGAAAAAAAAAAACCAUUGUAAAAGUGAAGGAAACUUUUACGCCGUUGAGAAGGGGAAAAUGUUCUUUUGAGAACAUCCUUAAAUAUUUAUCAGGAAAAUAUAAAAAUCAGCAAUGCACACACAGUUCCUCUAAUAAAAGCAGAUUAAUGUUUCAAAAUAUGCAUGUAAGAAAUUUAAUAUUAAAAAAAAAGAGUUUUUUAAAUUUUAAGGAAUGGUUACUUGCAGUCAUGUUUUUAUAGUUACAAAUAAACAAUUUUGGAAAACUUUGCCUUAAGAAGAAAAUAUAUGACUCAAGAUUUGUUUUUUUAAUAGAAUUAUCGAUGAUCCGACGUGAUUAUGCUCUCAGUAAGGUCGGAUCAUCGAGGUUCUAUAUUUAAAAGAUAUUCAAUUAAAGAAAGACAUAACUUAAAAUUGAGGAAAUGGGCUUCGCUUAUUGAUUGUUUGAGUCAGUGAAUUUAAUUUCAAUCAUUUCUAAAUUUACAGUGGUCCGUGAAUAUUUCAUAAAUUUCACAUAAAAGUCUGUUAAGUGUCUAUCACCAUUCACAGCAUUCUGAUGGGGAAAAAUAUAAAAGGACAUUCUAUCCAACGGCAAUUAAAAGGAGCCAUUUUAUUUCAAUAGAUAUUAUCCAUGAUAUAUUUUAAUAUAACAGGUUGAAAAAAAAAGUGUAAAGGAAAGUCUAUCAAUUUUUUUUCUCACCUUAAUUCUUACAUAAAAAUUUCUGAAAUACAAUUUAAAAUAUUCGAGGUAAGAUUGUGGUUGCAAUUUCUAUUAAUAAUAAGUGUGUGUACAUGCGUGCGUGCGUGUGUGUGUGUGUGUGUGCGUGCUUGCGUGUAUUGACGUAUUAUUGAAGUGGAAUUUGAUCCAAAACAGCCAAAUUUCGCAAUGAUUACUUCCGAAACAGCAUAAAAACGAACGACUUUUACAUCAUUUAAAAAAAUAAUAAUAUUUUCAAUGGUGCCCUUAUUUUGCCGCAUAGUAUGUCCCUAUUUUCAAUUCAUUUUUAAAGAUAAUUUAAGCAUAUCUUAAAACAAUAUAUUUCAUUAUUAAGUUAAUCUCACUAUGUUUUCAUUGCCGCUUUUAGUAUUUUAUAUUGGACGGGGGUUUUUUUCCAUUGUUGAUGAUCAAAGUACGAAAAUUCAGCCUAUUUUUUCAUGUUUCAAAUAGGCUGUUCCGUUAAAUACUUUUUUUUUUUGUUCUUAUAUUUAAACUUUAAAAUCAAGCAAUCGUAAAAUUUCCUUAAAGUGCACCCAAUUUUAAAAACUUUUGCUUUUUCUUGUGAUAUAACAGGAUGUAUACAGAUAUUGAUAGAGAAAUUAGAGAAAUGUAUAGCACAAUGGGUGGAAUGUUUCAAGGCUUCUAAUAUAAUAUGAGUUAUUUGUCUAUAAAUAUUUGAAGUUUAAAAAUAUUUUUUUCUGAAAAAACCAUUAGGAAGUAAAUAACAAAAAGUAUUUAACUAAAUUUUUAACAACCAUUAUUCGCAGCCAACUCGUCGCCAAAGGUUGGUUAAGAAUAUUUUCCAAUUUUACCAAAAUUAUAGAAAAAAAUUGUAUAAUACACAUAGAAGUUAAUAAAGGAGAAAAGAAACGCUAAUAUUUUGUAUAAUUUAUUGUGAAAAUUCUUAUUAAAAAAUUGAUAAACUUCUUUGGAGUGAGCACCUUCAACCCAAAAAUUAACCACGUACAGUACUUUUAUAAUAAAAAUAUGAUUCUGCAUUAGUCCAGAAAAUGAUUUUGAAUUAUGAAUCAGCUUAUUCUUUCUACCGAAAAUUAACUGUUAUUUUUAAAAUAAUAAUAUCAUAGAUUCAUUGUGAUUUAUCUUACGGCACUGCGAAGAAACAUUCCUUUAAAUUUUCGAGAAUGUUGCCAUUUACUAAAAUAUACUUUUUAUUCCAAUCAAAUGAAAAAUACCAGGAUGUAAGUGGAAAAAUUUAAUCAUAUGUUAAUCUUAUUCAAAUAUUAUUCAUAUAAUAUGUUUAUGUUUAUUACAUUAUGGUAUUGAGUAGUUACUUUCAGAUUGUUGAUAACUGAAUUGAGAAGUAUAAUUUUUCUAAAUAAUUCUCUCGAUAUGUAUAAAGAAUUUCUUAAUCAUACAAAGAUGAAAGUGAAAUAAUAAUUUUGAUAUGCAUUAUUUAAUAUUUGAUCACUUUAAAAAAAUGUUUGAUUCUCUGACUGCUUUUAUCAUCAAGUCGUACAUAUUUUAGAUUAAAAUCCAACAUCUUAUAGAUAUAUAUAUAAUGAAUGUAAUAUAUUAUUUAAUCUUUGAUAUGAAUAUGAACGGCCAUUAUUGUUCUAAAUAUGAAUAACUGAUCUGUGAUAAUGAAAUAAUUACAAAACUGAAUUUUCACUGUUCGAUAAGGUAGGAAUUUCUCAAAUUAUUUUUCUUUCAACCUCUGCAAAUGUUAAAAACUGUCAAGCAAUUUUCGAUAAUAAUAAAAAAGUGUGCUUUU